UGUUUCGCCGGCCAUCUUCCUUAUCAUCGGUGUCGCAAUUUCUUUAUUUGGCUUUUUCUGAAAAAGCCUCGCAUGUUAAUUGAGACAGAACCUCACCAAGCCUUCCCGUCCUAACCUUCCUUUUCAUCCGCUCUCUUCCGCCGACUCAGCAUCGCUUGCCGCUCUAGUCAGCUUACAUCGUCAUACCGAAGCGAGGGGUGCUCAACCUUACGACAUACCUCAUCAUCUACCCCUUCUUUCUUCCUCGCGCGGAUACACUUCAAUUCAUAAAUCGGAGUUUGCUAUCUUCUUGGAUUCUGGAUCGUAAGGGCUCCCUGUGGAUAAGAAGCGGUCGACUUGUGGUUGAGGGCUUGCCUAGGCUAUACUAUGGCCAAAGCAAGCAUGUUCAUCAAAACUGAGCCUGACGAUCGCAACAGUGACCAGAACCAAUUCAUGAUGUCGCAGUCCGGAUACUCCAUGCACAACCAAUUCGGAAGCCCCAAUGAUGGGGUCGAUCCCUCAGAUCUGACAAUGCAAAACGGUGGAUUCAUGAACUUUGGAUUUAACUCACAGCAGAACAUGUCAUCCAGCUUCAACUUCGGAAACUCCGGGAUCGAUACAGAUGAGUUGUUGGAUCUUGAGAUUAAUGGACAGAAUGGUCUCCCCCAGAACUACAUGCAGGAUCACCAUUCCAGUGCGGGCAUCUCCAUGAGUCAUCCCGGCCAGAUGUCGCAAAUGUACUCGAACACCCCAGAUGGAAACCCUAUACACAGCCCAUUCAUGCAGAGCAGCUACAACUAUGAUCAUUUCCGAGGCAUGAACCAGGGACAGCUGAGCUCAUCUCAUCUCCAGAGUGCUGGCUCCCAUCUGGAGCAGAGCUACCUCAAUGCCAAGGCUCGCCCGAGCAUGCAGGCAAUGGACCGGGCAUCAAUGGAUGCGCGCAGUCCCAUGACUCCGAAGACUCCUGCUCUGGGUGCUCUUACUCUUGGAACUCCAGAAUCCGGAAGCUUUCCUACACAGCCCAUCCGGACAGGCCUACAACACCGCCACCAGAAGACCCUCUCAAACCAGUGGGAUGGCACGCCCGGAAGUGCCCAUUCAUAUGCAGAGUCUCCCAUUUCAUCCCCAGGUCAUCCUUCUCACCAUGCAGCCAUUUCUGAGAUCCUUAAAUCAGGAAAGCAUGCGUCCUUGCCGGCCAAGGUUGACACUCACAUGCCCGGAGCUGCCCAGGACUUGGAAUCCCAGGAAGCCAAGCGCCGCCGGAGAAGAGCCUCCCACAACCUGGUUGAACGCCGGCGUCGGGACAACAUCAACGAACGCAUUCAGGACUUGUCCCAUCUGGUUCCCCAGCACCGCCUCGAGGAUGACAAGGUGCGCAAACAGCUUGUCAACAACACUGGACUGUCCGGCGCAGGAGGCAGCUCGAAUGCCGCCACUUCACUUCUAGCUGGUGGGACCGGUCGGCGCGCCGCUGGCAACAUCACCAUGGGUUUGCCAAUCGAAGAGAAGGAGAAAGGUCCGAACAAGGGAGACAUCCUCAACGGCGCCGUCGGCUGGAUGAGGGAUCUUAUGUGGGCCCUUCACGUCAAGAUCCAACAAGAAGCUGAACUCGCCGAAUUGAUCAGCAGCCUCGGAGGAAGUUGGCCGUUCGAGCAAACCGAAGAGGAGAAGCGCAUGCGCACUGAGAUUCUGGAUGCCAUUGAGAAGAACGAUCCUCCCUCUUUCCACUAUAGCCGUGCGCCCGGAAGCGGCCUACGAGUUCCAAAGCAUACGAACAUCGCCGGAGACGCCUUGUCAAAUGGUGCCAUAAGCCCUCAAAGCCUCAGUCCACCAUUCACAGGCUCGAACAACGGCAGCGGGCAGGCACAAUACUGGAACACCUCCGGUCACGCUGGAAUGAGUUUCAAGGAGGAGGAUGAGUAUGCUAUGGAGAUGAACUGAGAUAUGCCUGAUUUCAUUUUCGGCUUUUCUUAUGAUUGCACGGCAUAACUUGUUGCAUACAAGGCGUCAUGGAUGGGGUAGUUGACCGGCGUACUCGGGAGGGAUAUUUCUUCUCUGUUGUGUUCUUGUUGGCUUGUUGUGGGUAGAACUUCCUGCCAGUGUCUUGAUUUCCCGCCUUUGAUUCGGCUCCUUCGCCUGUUUGCGCAUUACUGAACACGCACACGUUUUAUUUUGACUUCAUUCCUACUUGGUUCUCAUGAUUUUUACUCGAUAUUUUUCUCUCUCGACUUUCAGUUUCGUCUUUAGGCUUCAGCACUGUGGUUUUGUUCUUCAUCGAUACCCUUUUCCUUUUUCAUCCCUAAUACUUGUUAUGGCUAUAUCAGUAUCUCGGAACGCUUCAUGUGACUUUAUAUACUCUUGAGUUUUCCUGUUCAGGUUUCCAUAUGGUAUUGCAUGGCUUUGGCCGCCUGUAAGAUUUUCUCGCGGACUUACAAUGAUACUACCAAUCUCAACUCAUGCCAACUAGCUUUAUCUAGUCCAUUAAUCGUACUGUCAUCAGCGGAAUUAAACAUAAAUGGUCUGAGCGUUUUAUGCAGUCAGCCAGCCCAGUAGAUUUUGCAUGUGAAGAAAAGGCCUCUUUUUUUUUAGCAUGUGAAAAUGUACAACCGUCUCUUUUUCUAUGGCACAUUCUAUGAACCAUCCAUGUACGUACGUAUCUCUAUCCUGCACAUUCAGAAACCAGCAUCAGAACAGGAGAAGAAGAAGAAGAAGAAGA